GGCUGGCUACAGUUGCCGCUACUGCGCAUGCUCAGUGCCUCCCACCUCUUGAUGUUGCCAUGACGCCGCCGGUACGCAAUUCGGGGCCUCCUCGCUUGGCUCGGAUUUCCCGCUGCGUCUCCUUCAGCGCCUCCCACCGGCUCCACAGUAAGUCGCUGAGCGACGAAGAAAACCGGGCGCUCUUUGGGAAAUGCAACAACCCCAAUGGACACGGGCACAACUACAAAGUGGAGGUAACUGUACGUGGAAAGAUUGACCCCGUGACAGGGAUGGUGAUGAACCUCACCGAUCUCAAGGACUACAUGGAGGAAGCCAUCAUGGAGCCUCUUGACCACAAGAACCUAGACAAGGACGUCCCCUACUUCAUGGACACAGUCAGCACAACGGAGAAUGUCGCUGUAUUCAUCUGGGAAAACCUCCAGGAACGCUGCCCUCAAGGGAUGCUUUACAAAGUCAAAGUCUAUGAAACGGACAAGAACGCUGUGGUUUACAAGGGGGAAGGGGCCGCUUAGGAGACGGCAAGUCACGAAUCGCAGGAUGCUUUUGAUCCGCGGAGCGGGGAAAUCAGACCGUGCAGUCGUACCCUUGGCAAGUCUUCGGAUGUGUCAGAAGGCAUCUUUUUCUUG